AUGCCCAGAGACCCUUUGAUUGGUAUCGUUGGUAAGCCUUCUUCUGGUAAGUCCACGACGCUAAACUCGCUGACCGAUGCUGCUGCGCAGGUUGGCUCGUUUCCCUUCACGACAAUUGAGCCUAACAAGGCCACCGGCUACCUGCAGGUCGACUGCGUGUGCGGACGGUUUGGCAAGCAGGCGCUGUGCAAACCCAACUAUGGUUGGUGCUCGAACGGCAAGCGCCACGUUCCUAUCAUGCUUCUGGACGUGGCGGGGCUAGUGCCCGGAGCACACUCAGGCAGAGGCCUUGGUAACAAGUUUUUAGACGACUUGAGACACGCAGACGCGCUGAUACACGUUGUAGACGUGAGUGGAACCACAGACGCGGAGGGAAAGAACACCAGAGGCUACGACCCACUGUACGAUAUCGAAUGGCUGCAAGACGAGAUCCGGCUGUGGAUCGAGGGUAACUUGGAAAAACGGUGGGGCUCAAUUGUGCGGCGGCACACGGCAACUAAAUCCAGCGCCGUGGACACGCUUCAAGCGCAGUUUGGUGGGUACGGGUCGCACGCACCAAUGGUGCAGCGCGCACUGCACAGGAUCCGGGGUCUGCCGCCAUUGGAGCAGUGGGAUAAGGAAUGGAUCACCAAGGUGGUUCGUUCGUUCAUGAUCGAGAAGUUCCCCACGGUGCUCGCGCUCAACAAGAUCGACCACCCGGACGCAGACAAGAACGUGUCAAAGAUCAUGCUCAAGUAUCCGGAAACAAAGGCGGUGCUGGCGAGCGCAGUCACAGAGGUGUUCCUACGGAAACUGAAAAAACAGGGCUUCGUGCACUACGAAGAGGGCACGGAGUUCGUGGACACUUUUGAGGACGACCCGGACGGACUCAAACCGCUGGACGACAAGCUGCUGCAGCGGAUUGAAAACAUCCGCGACCUGGUGCUGUACCGUUUUGGGUCCACGGGCGUAGUACAGGUGCUGCAGGCCGCUGCGGGCGUGCUGGACCUUGUGCCCGUUUACACAGUGCGGAACAUACACACUUUCACGGGCGGUCACGGGGAAAACGUGUUCCGGGACUGUUUCCUGAUUAAGCGCGGCACCCCCGUUGGAAAGGUUGCGCGCUACGUGAUGGGCGAGGUGACGAUCGCGGCGGUAGAGACCGUGGGCGGUGUGCGUGUGAGCGAGGACGACGUGGUGGACGCGGGGAAGAACGACGUGCUGAGCUUCAAGCUUGCGCCAAAGAGCGUGAACUGA